AUGGCUGUUACUUUCACCCAAGAUCCGAAGGGCACUGAUGUGUCAGUUCUUCGCAAGCCAUUAUUUGUCGCAGAGCCACCCUUGGGCAAAGAUGGAAGACCUAUUAUACGAAAAGUCUUGAUUGCCAACCGCGGGGAAAUCGCCUGUCGCAUUAUCCAGACAUGCCGGAAAUUGAAUAUCACAUCCGUGGCGGUCUAUGUCGACGAAGAUGCAUCUUCCCUCCAUGUCCGUGACGCAGAUGAAGCCAUCAACAUUGGCAGCAUUGACCGCAGUGCUCGCAACCCGUUUCUUGACAUCGAACUACUAGUUCAAACAGCUCUUUCAACGUGUGCUCAAGCUAUCCACCCGGGAUAUGGCUAUCUCAGCGAAAACGCAGAUUUUGCCCAGCGCGUCCAUGACGCAGGUCUCAUCUUCAUCGGCCCCAGCCCCAGCGCCAUGUCUACUCUCGGCGACAAACGGUCAUCAAAGGAUUAUCUGCGCGCUCAUGCCCCUGAGGUCCCCCUAAUCCCUGGAUUCUCGGGAUCCAGCCAAGAUGCCGAGGCUUUGGGUAGAGUGGCUACGGAGAUUGGAUUCCCGGUCAUGCUCAAGGCUUCCGCUGGUGGCGGUGGAAAGGGUAUGCGGAUUGUCCGCGAGGCGGGACAGCUUAAGGUUGAACUGGAAAGAGCUCAAUCCGAGGCUCGUCGGUCAUUUGGUUCAGAUGAUUGUAUCUUGGAGAAAUUCAUUGAGAGCAGCAAACAUGUUGAGAUUCAGAUCAUGGGUGACUCGCAUGGACAUGUGGUUUCAUUUUUGGAUAGGGAUUGCUCUGUGCAACGAAGGCAUCAGAAGGUCAUUGAAGAAACCCCGUGUGCUUUCCUCACAGAAGCAACUCGAAAAAAGAUGAGUGAAACUGCUGUCCGGGUAGCCAAGCUUAUUGGAUAUGAAAAUGCUGGUACGGUGGAGUUUGUGGUCGAUAUCAAGACGAACCAAUUCUACUUCCUAGAAGUCAAUGCGCGGCUACAAGUUGAGCAUCCGAUCACAGAAGAAGUCACAGGGGUUGAUCUUGUUUCUUUACAACUGUUCGUUGCAGCUGGAGGCAGCCUGAGAAGCCUUCCAACACUGGGGAAUGUCACCCAGAAUGGACAUGCAAUCGAGUGCCGGCUGUGUGCUGAGAACCCCGAGAGGGAAUUCUUCCCAGAACAUGGCAAAAUUCACCUCUGGCUACCAGCAAGUGGGCCUUUAGCCCCGGGCCGCGAUAUCCGCUAUGAAACAGCAAUCCAAACGGGAUCAUCAGUAUCUAUCUAUUUCGACUCAAUGAUCGCCAAGCUUGUCGUUUGGGCUCCAACAAGAGCGCUUGCUAUUGAGAAAAUGGCUCAGGUUCUUGGGCAGACCGCUUGCGUUGGAGUCAAGACAAAUCAACUUUUCAUGCGAUCAUGUUUAUUGAACCCGGCGUUCCGUGAUCCUAGCUAUACAACUGCGUUCAUUCCAUCUCACCUGAAUGAGCUUCUUCAGCCUCCUUCGGUCCAGGGACUGCCUGAGUUCAAAACCAUCGCCUCAAUUCUUCCAAGCUUGGUAGUCCGACGACUUCCAGAUUACGCCACAGCCUUGUCACGACCCAAACCUCUCCGGAAUGUCCGCAUGCAAUUCCGAAACCAAAGGUUCGACCCAGUCAAUAUCCAUUGUGAUGUUACAACUACGGUCAAUUGGCCUAGCCAGACUGGACAGGAGGUUGAUUCGGCACCUGAAAACGCUGUGAUGUGCAUUUGGAAAGCAAGCCCAGCCGGGGUUUCAUCCGGCGUUGAGGAUGUAUAUCUCUUCCCAAUCCCCAAUGGAAAGACCACCACCGAUGAAGAGGUGUCAGCAGCAGCAGAAAUCUCCGCUCAAUAUAAUGAAAUCAGUCAAGCACUACGCACCGGCAAAGCAACGUCUUCUCCGGCAUACCAAGUCCAAGUUAUCUCAUGGGUCCCUGCACACGGCAACCCAGCUCUACCCGAUUCCUGGCUUACAUCCACCAUUGAGAUUUCAGUGAAUGGAUCAAAGCUCACUGCUCAUGUAGCUAUCCCUUCAACACGGGCCCAUGCCUUCGCGGGACAGGUCGAUUGUGGUCAACGGAUUUAUUGUCAUUUCCCCUCUAUCGGAACUCAUGUUGAAUUCAAACGCGAUACUCUGCUCUCAUUUGCGGAGAGUAAUCGAUCAGCUGCAAAGGCAAAUAAGGGUUCAGAGCAAAAGACUGUUGCAGCUCCCAUGCCGUGCAAAGUUCUUUCAGUCUUGAAAAAGAAUGGAGACGAAGUCAAGUCUGGCGAUUCGGUUAUGGUUAUUGAGAGUAUGAAGAUGGAAGUCAAUAUUUCAGUCGCGGCUUCAGGGAAGUUUCAAACAGAUUGGAAGACCGGGGAUGCGGUGGAGGAAGGAAAGAUUCUUUGUUCGAUUGUUUAG